UACUACUAGACAAGAAAGCAAGAAAGCAAGCAAGCAAGCCAUGGUUCUGAUAGAUCAGAUGUGGGAUGAAGUUGUUGCUGGACCUCAGCCUCAACGUGGUCUUGGCAAGCUCCGUAAAGUUGCCACCGUAACUGACAAAGGAGAAGGAAGCGGGGGUAAGUUUCAAAAGUCACUAUCGAUGCCACCAACUCCGACGACACCAGGAACUCCGACAACACCAUCGCCGACGGGGGCACGGAAAGCAGAUAAUGUGUGGAGGAGUGUUUUUAAUCCGGGAAGCAACUUAGCCACUAAAGGCCUUGGAUCUAACUUCUUUGAUAAGCCAGCUAACACCGUUGGAUCCCCCACUGUUUAUGACUGGCUAUACAGUGGGGAUACAAGGAGCAAGCAUCGUUAAUUAAGUUAGUAGUAUACGUGUUACUAAAGUCGUCACACACAUAUAUAUAUAUAUGGUGAUCGAAGAAUAAUGUAAAUAUUUGUACUCUCCCUCCCAGCUAGGCAGCUAGCUUGUUCGUAUAGAUGGCAACGUACGUGGUGGUGUUUUCGUGUGACUAUUCGAUGUGUUUUUUUGUUUGAAAAAAGAGUGUGCGUACGUGUAUGUAGUUAUUACUUGAUCUCUGAUCGAUAAAAAGCCUGAAUCUUAUAUCAGCCGUUAGAUUGAUACUAAGCUAAGAAAACGAUAAUGGAUAUGUGAGCUAUAUACACACUACUACUGUAUUUGUAUUUGUAUUUCAAUCUACACUUCAAGUUAAUCCA